GUUCGUAGCAACCUGAAAUUUCAUUUCAGAGACCGGUCAUCUAGUCGCUGAUUCAUUCAAAAAGUCAUUCAAAUUUCAGUAAAAAAGCUUCCCAAAAUGGCACUAUUACCCCUAGAAUCGAAUCCUGAAGUCAUGAACAAGUUUCUUCAUUUGUUGGGUGUUCCCAACAAAUGGAACAUCGUAGAUGUGUAUGGAUUAGAGCAGGACGAUUUAGCCUACAUUACAAAGCCAGUGUUGGCUCUGAUUUUGCUGUGUCCCAACAGUGAACAAUUCAACAAACACGCCGAAGAAGAAUCCGUAAAACUGAAAGAGGAGGGUCAGAUUAUCACCCCCGACUUAUUUUUUGUGAAACAGUCAGUGCCAAACGUUUGCGGAACGAUCGCUUUGAUACAUUCGGUCGCAAACAACUCAGAAAAGCUAGGUAUCGAAGGGCCGUUCAAGCACCUUUUGGAAAAAACCAAAGACUUAACACCUGAAAAACGAGGAGAGUUGUUAUUCAGCUGUGAAGACGGCGAAUCCUUUAACUUAAUGUCAGUUCAUCAGGAACUAGCUCAAGAGGGACAAUCUGAGGUCAACCCGAACGAACCCGCCAAUAAUCACUUCAUCGCACUGAUCGAAAAAGACGGACAUUUGUACGAACUUAACGGUAGUAAAGAAUUUCCCGUCAAUCAUGGACCGACCACUGAAGACACUUUUCUCGAGGAUGCUGCAAACGUUUGUCGCCAGUUUAUUUCGAGGAAUGCCGAAGAUGUCAAUUUUACUGUGAUGGCUUUGACCGCAGCUGAGAACUGAACGGAACAUAUCGUUUCAAAUUUUAUACGCUAAAUUUACUGUUUUAAUUUUUACGCUAAAAGACCAAAAUAUACACACGCUUUUGAUGGACUUAUCGGCUUGGCUUUUACCGUGCCUUGCUUUUCAGUGUGAUAUUUAUUGGCUUAUAAAUUGUGCAACACUUGAAUAAACUUGCAUACAUUUA